GUAAAUAUUGAUUUUAUGUUUUUAUUGUAAUUAAUUUUCUCACCAUCUUGCCCCACUGUCCUUCUCCCAUAAUCAUUGCAAUCGCUCUCACAUACGCAUGCAUACAAAACAAAAAAAAAGAAAUGAGAAAAAAAACAAAUUAUAUACGUAAAAAGACGUCUGUAUAUAUUUAAUUAAAUUCGUGAUUUGUUGGGGGUCUUUGUUGUUAUUGUUGGUUAUAAUUCUAUAUCACAUCUCAUCGGGUGAGUGCGGCAAUCGCUAUGCCCCAUCAUUUGCCACUGAGUAGGCAUCGGAGGCGAUUGCUUGCCGGGGACUUGGAGCUCGAAUCGGUUUUAAUUUGGAAUUAAUGUUCAGUGUCCGGGGUGAAGUGUCGCAUCGUGACGCGCGUCUCUCGAUUUCAAUUAGUCCCGCAGCUAUAAAGCAGCUUAUUAUUAUUAAGUCUUUUAGAAGAUUAUCUGUGCCCGGGAUUUCUACAUACUUCACCAGUGACCCAGAAAAACGCGACUGAGAACUGGGUCAGAGUGCCAAAAAGAGCAAAAAUUCAGCAAAGAAAGAACUGAAAACUGAAACUGAAAACUAUUAGCUGAGCAAAACGGCAUGAACUUCAAGUUCAGUGUGUCUAUUUUUAAAAAUAAUUAUUGUUAAAACAAAGCUGAGAAUAAAGCGUGAAUAAAAUCUUGAACCCGGUGGCCCCUGGAUGAGCCCAUAAUGAAAGGCAUCUGCGGUGAGCAGUUCAACAACUGCCUUCUGGUGGGGGAUUGUGACGACAGUGAAAAUGGAGCACCAGGACUGACAGGAAAUUAUCCCGGAAAUGCUGGCCUGGAACAGGAGGAGUCGGGUGAGGGCAUUACCGGAGAGGGUGGUGUUUUGGCUUUUGCCGCCCGCCGGAUUCGCAACCGGCAAGUGCACAGUAUGGCCGUGAGAUCCGCCAGUGGCUAUGAUACCCUGGAGCGACCCUAUCGACAUGACCAAUCCCGGGGUCGAUGGGCCAAGGCGGCGGACUUUUAUUUUGCCAGCUGUACGCAUGCCUUUAAUCCCCUCAUGUUCUCCGAAUACCCCACCUUUGGAUUACUACAGGGUGGCUGGAUAUUUUUCAUAGCUGCCUAUCUGUUGGGCAUGAUAUUUUAUUCGCUUCCCAUAUUUCUGAUCCAAGCAUUUUUGGGACAAUUCUCAUCUUCUGGAUCAAUAUCAGCAUUUCGGGUGUCGCCAAUAUUUAAAGGCAUCGGCUAUUCUAUAUUAUUCCUUAAUCUGGGCACCCUGACUUAUUACUGUAUUGGAGCCGGGGUGCCACUCAUCUUUGCCGUAAAUUCCCUCCACUCUGUGAUGCCCUGGAUGAGUUGCAACAACACUUGGAAUACUCCCGAUUGUUCAACCCAUGACAAUUACGAUAUCAAUGAAGACUAUGUUGAUCCCCAUUCCACAGUUGAGUUUUUUAGAUCGGUUAUUGCCUCAACUGCCACAGGAUCUACCUCCAUGACGAUAUCCGUUUCUAUGCUAAUAUCUGUUCUGGCCAUUUGGACAUUAGCUUUGGGUUUAAUGCUCAAGUCAGUUAAUUUUAUUGGUAAAUUUCUACGUUGUUCUUGUGUCCUGAUGUUUACCAUAUUUUUGGCCAUAUUCUCAUACCUUAUCAUACACGAAAAAGUCAGUUUCGAGACGUUGCAUUAUAACCUGAAACCCUCACUGGAUAGCUUCGGCAGCCUUUUUGGCGUAACACGUACUGCCUUUCUGAUGUCCGGCGUGGCCUUGGGUCCCGGAUGGGGCAGCGUCAUCACCCUGGCGAGCUACAAUAGUUUCCGCAGCGAUGCCGAAAGAAUGAGCUUUUGGGUCUGCAUCACCCAUGCUGCGGUCGGUUUAAUGGCUCUGCUCUGUUGCAAUGUUGCCCACGAUCAUUUUGAGGAUCAUGUCGGUUUGCUGCCUUAUCACGUGAAUGAAAAUCAUUCUUUGCAAUUUCUAUAUCUCUGUUUCUCGUAUCUUCUUGGUCGCUUUACGACGACACCGAAUCUAUGGGCUUUUCUCUUCUUUACCAUGAUAUUUUUAUCCGAAUUUUGUGCCUUGUUAAUCCAAAUGAUGUCCAUUUUGACUGCACUUUUUGAUGAAUUCGAGAUAUUGCGAGCAAAGAAAACACCCAUUGUUUGUUUACUGGUUUUUGUACUUGCAGGCACGUCAGUGUUCUUUUGCACACAGUAUGGAUUUAGUCAAUUUACGAUAUUGCCAAACUUGGCCAUGUUCACCCAUAUAAUUAUUUCGGGAAUACUGGCCCUGAUGGUUACCUGGGUUUAUGGACGAGUACGUUUCCAAUGCGAUUUGCAGUUUAUGCUGGGAAAGACGAUCUCAAGUGUCAAAAUAUUUUUUAUUCGCCUGGCUACGCCAAUUUUUUUGGGAUUUUGUUUGAUACAAGUUAGUUUCUUCAUUGAUUUACAUGAAAUUCACCAUGUUCUUAUUUGGAUUAGUCAGGGACUGGUCUUAGCGAUGGCCCUUUCCUAUAUGGUUUACAAAGUAUCCCAAACGAACGGAAGUUGGCGCCAAAGAAUCCAACAGUGUUUAGCUCCACACGACUGGCAUCCUGUGGAUGCGGAUAAUCGACGUUUCUACGAGGAAAUCAUGGGCAUUUCCGAAAUGCUAGUGAUCGAUACCAAUGCCAAUACCACAUAGUGCCUAAAAAUUUCGAAUACUCUUAAAAUCAAAACAAAAAAAAAAUAAUCAUAAAAAGAAUUCAGCCCUUAAUGGUAAAAGCUGAACUGAACUGAACUCACUUUUAUUAUACACCCAUACAGACACACACACAAACACGCACACUAGUAUAUAUAGAUCAAGUGCAAUUGGAGAUUGUUGAUUUUUGAAUAAAGUUGUACUGAUAUUUUCCAAAUGCCUAGCUAUAGAAAAACAGUAAACUGGUGAUAUUUAGUAGUUGCCUACUUAAAAGUUUAACAAGCUUCGGCCAAAAAAUAUUGUUACGAAUUAAUAAAAGUUUACUUUUAAAAGAUGUACAAAAAUAAAUUAAAUUUUAUUUAUAAAACA